AUGUUUGCGUCUCGAGAAACGAAGGCCUACACUUUUGAUUUGACUAGGGCCGAAUCUAUCUUUGACCUACUAUUGACCGAGAAAAAGGUCAAAUUGUCCUUCGGUCAUAAAAUUCCGAAUCCCGAAGAGCUCAAAGGAAAGACGUUUUGCAAAUACGACAGUUCUUGGUCUCACAACACCAACAACUGCGUUGUUCUACGAGACGUCAUCCAGAAGUUGAUAGACGAAAAGAAGCUCCAAUUCUCGGAAAAGGCGGCUAUGCAGGUCGACUCCAAGCCAUUCCCUCCACCUGUCAUCAACAUGGUCAACGCUCAGCUCCGGGCCGAAUAUAGGGAAGUUCGUCGGCCAGCAAAAGGAAAGGAGGCGUUGGCCGAACUAGAGCCGGUACCGUGCAGUCGGUGCAAGUAUGAGAUCGGUCAGCUCAGACCGCCAGAGAACAAAAGAAAGGUCGCCGAGCCAUCUCAACCGACUAUGAAGAAAUUCGACGGCCAGUACGACCAUCGGCCAGCAAGCAGAGCUGUUUUCGACUGA